AUGCGCAACAUGAUCAAGCCCCCACCUUCUCCCUUACACAGCGGCGAGGGUGAAAGUCUUUCCGAAUGGUUUUGUCACGUUGACACGGCCACUCAAAGUGAAUGCUCCUCGUUGAGUUUACCAUUUGCUGAGCUGUCCAUGUCUUAUAUGGAUGAUGCAUCUGAUACCUCCAGUUAUAGCAGGGAUGUCGGAAAGGAAGAUGACGGUUUUGGUAGUGACUCUGGAUUUUCCUCGGAUAUUUGUGCCGACCUCAAAAGCAACGCAACAACUCCAAAAGAAAAGUUUCCUGCCGAGAAAUUUCGUCCCACUUGCACUUUAGACGAAUCCGACUGUGCUAAACUAACCCGUACAAAGUGGACUGCAUCUUUUCGGAAGUUGAUGCGCCGACUCAAAAAAUAG